CCCUUUCUCCUCCUGUGCGGCCACAUUGGUUUUACCUUCCCCCCCUCACCAAAGCCUUGGGACGGCGGAGCUUGGCCGACAAAGUCCGGGACAGAAUGGCAUCGGGCGUGACCGUAAACGAUGAGGUCAUCAGGGUGUUCAACGACAUGAAGGUGAGGAAGUCUUCCACGCAAGACGAGGUGAAGAAGAGGAAGAAGGCGGUGCUGUUCCGUCUGAGCGACGACAGGAAGAAGAUCAUCGUGGAGGAGGGAAAGCAGAUCCUGGUGGGUGACAUCGGCGAGACGGUGGACGACCCCUACGCCUGUUUUGUCAAGCUCCUUCCCCUCGACGACUGCAGAUACGGCUUAUAUGACGCCACCUACGAGACCAAGGAGUCCAAGAAGGAGGACCUGGUCUUCAUCUUCUGGGCUCCGGAGGGCGCUCCCCUCAAGAGUAAGAUGAUCUACGCCAGCUCCAAAGACGCCAUCAAGAAGAAGUUUACAGGAAUCAAACACGAGUGGCAGGUGAACGGGCUGGAUGACAUCCAGGACCGCAGCACGCUGGCCGAGAAGCUUGGCGGGAACGUGGUGGUGUCACUGGAGGGAAAGCCGCUGUGAUGUCAUCAGCCCGCAGAACGUCGCCGAGGCGAUGGCCGUGCCAUCCGGACCCCCGAGCCCACUUGAAUGCCGCCGCUUGCUGUGUGUGUCCGUUUCCCGAAGGACUUAGCGUUUUUUUUUUUUUUUUCUCCCCCGUGCCCCCCCCCAAAAUGAAGGAGAUCUCAUUAACUUGAAAUAUGCAAACCCCUCCCACUUUGUUGCCACAUGACUUGUUGUUUCAUGGCGGUCACACUUUUGCCAAACAUCACGAGGCUUUUGACGUGACUUUUAUUUAUUUUUCCCGUCGGCGGCUCCGCCGUGCUUCCACGUCGUCAACGCUCGCUCCUCGCCGCCUUACGUUCGCUCGCAAUGUACACGUACUUACACCGCACCUUUUAUUUUGGAAACACUAUACAGGAAGCAGAUUUGACCUCCCUCCCGCUGAGAGACGCCUUAAAAGUGGAACCUUGUUUGUCAGAUUACAGGAAGCCACUGCAAUAAAAGCAUGUGGCCCCGUCUCGUGCCUCAUCUCUGCCUCGUCCAAUCGCAAGCGGACCUUCCCACGUGGUCGCUGCAACGCACGGUGACGGCUCGCCCAUCUCCAUCUUCUUCUGUCGUUAAGACUGAACCACUUUGACCAUAGUUGAAUGUCUUAUAACCGCUUCUGAUGGUUGUUAAACCUCUUUAGAUCCUCUUUAGAACCGCCCGAAAUCCAAUAUGAUGGAACAAAUUGGCAUCGGUUAAACAUGUUUAGACCCACUUUGGACCCUAAUGAGGUUCUGCUCCAACCUCACCCCAACAGCUGAGUCAAGAUUUGCCGUCUGAGCUGAGUCACUUCCUGUGAGCCGCGCAUUCUUGACCUUAGAUGGUGCAGGCGCAAUAGGAACCAGAAGUAAAGG